CCCGGUGCGGCCGCGCCGUUGCCACGGAAACCGCGUGAGCUCGGUGUCCCCCCGGUGUCCCCCCGGUGUCCUCUCCCCACGCCGCCGCCAUGCUGACCCUGCCGCCGGGGCUCACGGAGGAGGAGGAGGCGCUGCAGAAACGCUUCGCCAAGCUGCGGAAGAAGAAAAAGGCGCUGCUGGCGCUGAAGAAGCAGCAGAGCUCGGCCGGGAGCAGCGCCCAGGGCGGCAUCAAACGCUCCAUGUCGGACCAGCCCCCCGUGGACACGGCCACGGCCACCGAGCAGGCCAAGCUGCUGGUCAAGUCCGGCGCCAUCAGCGCCAUCAAGGCCGAGAACAAGAACUCGGGGUUCAAGCGCUCCCGGACGCUCGAGGGCAAGCUCAAGGACCCCGAGAAGGGCCCCACCCCCACGUUCCAGCCCUUCCAGCGCAGCGUCUCGGCCGACGACGACUCCCAGGAGUCGCGCCGCCCCCAGAGGAAAUCGCUCUAUGAGAGCUUCGUCAGCGCCACCGACCGGCUGCGGGAGCCCGAGGGGGGGGCGCGGGGGGAGCCCCCCGAGCGGGGGGAGCGGCGCCUGGACUGGGACCCCGAGCCCGAGCCCGAGGAGCGGCGGGAGCGCGACGGCGCCUUCCGCAGGUCGGACUCGUUCCCCGAGCGCCGCCCGCCCCGCAAGGGGAACACGCUCUACGUGCACGGGGCCGAGCUGAGCCCGGAGCUGCUGCGGGCGGCCUUCGGCCCCUUCGGCGCCAUCAUCGACCUCUCCAUGGACACGCCCCGCAACUGCGCCUUCGUCACCUACGAGAAAAUGGAGUCGGCCGACCAGGCCAUGGCCGAGCUGAACGGGGCCGUGGUCCAGGACGUGCAGCUCAAGGUCAGCAUCGCCCGCAAGCAGCCCAUGCUGGACGCCGCCACCGGGAAGUCGCUCUGGGGGUCCCUGGCCGUGAAGAACAGCGCCAAGGGCUCGCACCGGGACAAGCGCUCGCAGGUGGUGUACAACGAGGACCUGUUCGGGGGACAAUAAAGGACGGCACGGACA